GGGGCCCACGCCGAGCCGCGGGGGAACUGGGUUAGUGGGGGUGGACUUCCUGGGGCCGCCCGUGAUAAUGUGGUUCGGGCACCCGGGCGCCCCUCAGCCGCGGAGUUGCGGCGGCCGCCGACCCCGCAGCCCCGCUGCCUGAGUAGCCGCGAUCGGGAUCUGGCCUCUGCCGUCCCAGGUGUGGUUCGGCGGCGUCCGCGGCAGAUUUUAUCAUGUGGGCAUCCUGCUGCAACUGGUUCUGCUUGGAUGGACAGCCUGAGGAAGCACCACCACCACAGGGAGCCAGGACACAAGCCUAUUCCAACCCUGGGUACAGCUCCUUCCCUUCCCCCACAGGCUCGGAACCUAGCUGCAAGGCCUGUGGGGUCCAUUUCGCAAGCACAACCCGGAAGCAGACCUGCUUGGACUGUAAGAAAAACUUCUGCAUGACUUGUUCAAGCCAAGAGGGGAAUGGGCCACGGCUCUGCCUUCUCUGCCUACGGUUCCGCGCCACGGCCUUUCAGCGAGAGGAGCUCAUGAAGAUGAAGGUGAAGGACCUGAGGGACUAUCUCCACCUCCACGACAUCUCUACCGAAAUGUGCCGGGAGAAAGAAGAGCUAGUGUUUCUGGUGCUUGGCCAGCAGCCUGUAAUUUCUGAGGCGGACAGGACUCGUGCUCCCACUUUGCCCCAGGCCUUCCCUGAGCAGCAGGCCUUCCUGACCCAGCCUCAAACCACCACAGUACCUCCUACCUCACCUGGCCUCCCUUCUUCACCCACACAAGUCACCUCUGUUCCCUUAGCCCAGGAUCAGGGAACGCCACAGGCCAUUGGCCAUGUGUCUCAGGACCACGAGGAGCCCAUCUUCCUGGAGAGCACAGCCAGAGUACCUACUGAGGAUGAGACCCAGUCCGUUGACUCAGAGGACAGCUUCGUCCCAGGCCGGAGGGCCUCGCUGUCUGACCUGACCCACCUGGAGGACAUUGAAGGCCUGACUGUGCGGCAGCUGAAGGAGAUCCUGGCUCGCAACUUCGUCAACUACAAGGGCUGCUGUGAGAAGUGGGAGCUGAUGGAGAGGGUAACUCGGCUGUACAAGGACCAGAAAGGACUCCAGCACCUGGUGUCUGGUAAUGAAAACCAAAACGGGGGAGCAGUGCCUUCUGGCCUGGAGGAGAACCUGUGUAAGAUUUGCAUGGACUCACCCAUUGACUGUGUUCUGCUGGAGUGUGGUCACAUGGUGACCUGUACCAAGUGUGGCAAACGCAUGAACGAAUGUCCUAUCUGCCGGCAGUAUGUGAUCCGAGCAGUGCAUGUCUUCCGGUCCUGAGGGCUAGCAUUGGCUUCUUCAGUGCCUUACAGGACAUAGCCCAAGAUGUCUGGGCUCAGGGUUGGUCCGAUGCACAAGGGCAGUCUACUGUGAGAAGCUGGCAGUGUUCUGAAGAACUAGGACAAGCAGAGUUGCCUAGUAUGCCUGUUUUAGGUGGCAGAGCCCAAAACCAGUGGGAACUGGUUCAGAUCACAUGGGUGAAUGCCUGCUUCUGUGAUCAUUGGGUGGUGAUGGUAAUCAAUGAAGAGGUCUCUCCAGAACGGGGACCAGUCUCCCUCCCAUCCCAAGACCCUAAGACACAUUUCAUACAUCUGUAUACCACUCCUGUUUUGUCAAUCAGAAGUCCUGCUGGAAUUAGUCACUUCCCCUACCCCACCCCCAGCACAUUUGGAUUUAAAUUUCUGGUCUCUCUGGCUUUCUGUGUGUUAACAUAUCUUUUAAGUCUUCUCAUUUGCCUAAAACCCAUUUGUUUCUAUGGACCAAAAAAUGUUAAUCAGACCAAUAGUAUUCCGUAGGUCAGAAUUUGGAUCAGUAAACUGACCUCUAGUGAGAAAUUAAGUCGUAAGUGAUAUAGAAAAAAAUUCUAGGUUGAGUCACUUCUGUUUAGUACUGGGGUUGGAAAGGACCAGUCUCUGACCUGACUGCUGGGAAGUCCUUAAGAAGUGGUGCGCUUCUCUUUGGGUUUGACUUUGCAUCAUUCUUUAGAUUAUGAGGAAGGAAAAAUCGAGGCAGUAGCUUUACCUUUUUGGCUUCUGGGCCUCAUUUUCCAGCAGGCUAAAACUUUUUAAAAACUACUUUAAUAUUUUCUCUUCCUUGGGUUUUAAACUUUCUUACUGAAGGUAUAGGAACUUCACCAAAGAGCUCUGCUCUCCUCUAGCCUGGCUGUUCAUGGAAUUCUUGGAGAGAAGACAUACAGGACAGUGUACGAGGCACUGGAAGGUGCUCAAUUAGUUGGACUGUGCCUAUGGCUGCUGAAAAGUCUUAAUUGCACCCUCUUCUCAGCUGCUUAGGCAGGUCAGGAUGAAGCAUUCUUUAAUUCAUGAUUCCAGCCCUUCUGGGGUCUCUACACCACUGAGGCAACUAAAGGGUUUGAGUAAUGUUUGCUAUAACAGCUCAUCAAAGCACAAAACAGUAUCAGAAGAGCUGUGUGUUCCUCUGUGGGAUGAACCCUCAACUUGGCUAACACUACCCUUCACUGUGUAGCUAUGAGAGACUGGAAAUACCAACCAGUCAUGAGUCUGCAAAGUAGAGGGAAACCUCUUAGGAGGCUAUUAGGCUUAGGCUUCUCCACUGAAUUCCUUCAGAGGAUCAAGUAGUUCCAUGAAGCUGUUGUCAAGAGAUACCAGGCCCACUUACCUCUGCAUUCUAAGUCCAGAUGACCAGAUUUUGGGUCAAAGCUUUUGUGGGUGUCAGGGAUUCAGAUCCCUCCACAAAGACUACCUUGCCCUCCCUCCCUAAAAAGUGAGUACUGUAGUUUACAAUGUCUCCAGUUUAGCACGGCCCACUGAUUUUGCUGCUCCUGGACUCCACUGUGAAACAGGUCUGAUCUUGCAGCUCAGUAAGACCUAACAGUAACUUUAACGCCGGCUUUCCCUUAUGACUGCUUUCUCUUCUGAGGCCUUACCUCCCUACCUCCUAUACAGGAACAGAAAAUACACUGAUGGCUGUGGUUAGCAACCCAAGUAACAACCAGAACCCAUGUCAUUUAUUUUGGAGAUCUUACCUUUAAAUCUCUACCUUUGGUGUUUUCAUUUGAGGGGAAAAACCAAAACAUGUCAAACAACUUUUUUAUUAAACCAAAUGAAAGCUGGAACCCAUUCCAGUUAACAUCUCAGGUAGAAAACCUGAUUUUUUUUUUUUUUUUAAAUACCUGAGCCCCUUUUCUGUUCUUCACGGAUCCUUGGUCUUAUUUAAUGUUCAAACACCUAAUCCUUCCAAUUAUUCUGUGGAUUUUGCUGAUUGCACCAAGAUUUCAGUUGAGACUUACGUUUUCAAAGACGCUGUUUCAUAGGUUGGAAUAGCCAGUUCUAAACUAAUGAGCUGUAAAGGAAUUAAUAGUCUUUGUUGUACAAAUUUGUUGAGAUCUCUUGGAUGUAAAUGUGUAACUCCAAGUGGCUUACAUUAAGAUUUUCUCACCUGGGUGUUAAAAAGCAUACCCAAAUGUGUAUUUUUUUGUUACAGAGCUCUGCUUUAUAAUUUUGUAAUAAAGUUUAAAUACAGA